ACACAGAGAGAGAGAGAGAGAGAGAGAGAGGCUGCUUUGCCGUUGGGAAAUGUCACCUCUUUACUAUCUUCGUCUGUGUCUUUGAUCUCGAUGCGUUUCCUGUCUUGCCCUUCUCAUGCCAAGUCUUUUGAGAUGUCCGUAGUAGUUUGGUUGGAGGAGGAGACAUUAGGAGAUCAAAGGCGUCUUCGUCUUCGUCUUCUUCUUGUUUUCCUUUGUUGCAUUGAUAAAAAAGCUGACAUUUUUUUCCUUUGUGUUCUGAAUCAUUUGAGUCAUCUGUUUUUAUUCCCUUCUAUGAUGGUUGUGCUUCCUCUAGAGUAGGUGGCAUCUCUCGUUUGUUUUCAUUCUCGUCAAACAGACCCAAUCCUCUGCAUCAUAGACACUUCCAAAUACAAGAAAAAGGAAGGAAAAGCUGCAUCAAAAUCUCACCUUUGCUGAGGAGACACCGCGGUAGCUUUUCUUCUUCAUCCAGACAAUGCAGGAUAGGACGGCGGCGGCGGCGGCGGCGGCGGCCCCGAGGAUUCAGGCGGCAAAGCCUCAGUUCCCAGAGCAAGACCAAAACCUGAGGUGCCCACGCUGCGACUCCACCAACACCAAGUUCUGCUACUACAACAACUACAACCUUUCGCAGCCGCGGCACUUCUGCAAGAGCUGUCGCCGUUACUGGACCAAAGGCGGUGCCCUCCGCAACAUUCCCGUCGGCGGUGGCACUCGGAAGAACUCCAAGCGUUCCAAUUCGUUUUCCUCCUCCGCGGCGUCAAGUUGCAAGCGGCCCAAUCCCCCUAAGCCCCCUUCUCAACUCUCUGAGUUCCCCAAGACCGAGCCCAUUUCUCUUGUCUACCCGCCGCUCGACCCCGACCGACACUUGCUCGACAUGACCGGAAGCUUCAGCUCGCUGUUGGCAUCUGAUGGGCAUCUCGAGAGCUUAUUGGGGAGCUUUGAUCCGGUGGGUGGUGAUGCUGCGGUGCUACCGAAUUCGAGUAAUGCGAACCGUUCCUGUGUUGGCAUUCAGGGGAUGGAACUGCAGAGCUCCACCGGCGACAGUGGCAAUGAGAUCAUGACAACGCCGGUGAUCCAGAACUUCGAAAGGCUGGAGGGCGAUUCAGGAUGCUGGGAUGCGGGAUGGACUGAUCUUGCCAUUUACAAUCCAGGUUCCAGCAUGCAGUGAAAGAAGAAGACUUGGAGCACAAAACCCACAAAGAUCACAUUUUUCUUCUUUCCUAUAGCCUUCUUUUAAUGUAGUCUUGUAGAACUGUUUCUAAGAUAUAUAGUUAUAUGGUUAUAGGCACAGAUAGAUACAUAGUUUUGACACUGUGAUGAUGGAGAGAUGGAUUUUGGCAAACUUCAAGUCAGCCUUAUUUUGGUUUCUAUGCUCCA